CAGAAGGGUAAACAUCACUGACGUUUUAUUUGGACAAUAGGGACAAAUAGACGCUUUAUAAAGUAUGGGAAAAAUACAAAUAUCUCAAGUUUCACUGAUGCCAUGAGGCAGCUGGUUAUGAUACAUGUUCCAGGUGUGUUUUUAUUAAAAAGGAGAGAAAACAGAAUAGUAGGCAUUUGAUCAGAGGACACCAAAAGCUAAACAACACAUUUGCAGUUUAAGAAAAAGACUCAAGAGGCCAAAUAUACAACAGGUUCACCACAUAAGAGGGAAAUCUAUCAGAUCCACAGGACAUAACCAAAUGCAUGGCUCAAAACCAAAGAAAACUACCGGGGAGAUUGUUUUUGACACAUGAUCAAUGUACUGUCCUUUACAUCCCAUUUCCAUGAAAACAUAAGCAGCAGAGGUUUUCUUUAAUCAAAAAAGGACCCUGGGUACAUAAAUAUUUCAGAUAGAGUAACAACGCAGCUGAGACCAAUGUUUGAGGUGCAAGUGUAUUAAUAAUUUAAGAUAUAUUCUCUAUUCUACGAAGAAUGCAUGCAACAGAGCAGCAAAUUCUUGAAUGUGUCAUUAUAAAACUUCUGUCAGGCUUAUGCAAACUGUUCAGACAUUACACACAUUAAAGCGUGCUCUUCAUUUACAGUAGCUCUCCACAUUUUAGAGGUUUAAAGAAUUUCCUUUUGAAACAGAUAACAGCUAAACAUGUUUUUAUAUUCACAUUGAAAUCAGUACAUUGCACAUAUUUCAAAUGAAAUACAAAGUUUAAAAGUUAGCCUGUAUUGCUUUUGUCAAAAAUUUUGUCAAAAGAUACACUUGAUUUCAGACUGUGCAUUUUUUUUUAAAAUUUACCACAGUUGAAAGGAUUUUGCAGGUCUUAGGGUUAUAAAACUUUACAUUUACCAAUAAAGGAUUGUGUACAACCUCAGUUCAAGUAAGAACAGAAACCAUUAUGAACAUGAGAAUCAAUCAAAGAUUAAUUUUUUUUCUUUUCGUUGCUUUGAUGUUAUCAGUAGAUGACAAAACCAAUGAUUAGCUAUAUAUCAUUGUGACUGUUGAACUAAACCCUGUCCUGACCUGUAAAGCAUGAAAGAUUAUUGUCUUAAUUUGCUGUCAAUUAUUGAUCCACAUGAAGAGGUGUGACUGUGCAUAAUUUGAGUCGGACUGUUUCUAUCAUUGUACUUAGACAGCUGAUGUCUCUUGGACAUUACAGAUCAGAAAGUCAAAAAAGAAAUAGUGUCUUAAAACAAAAAUACAUUAAAGUCCCCCAACAAAGCUUUUUCAAUCACCCUCUGUUUUUCUCACAAAAAAAAUAUUUGAGUCAUGUUUUCAUUUUGGCCUCAUGAUUUUUUUAAAGACAUAAAUAUGACAAAAAUUUUAAGACAAGGCAUUGGUAUGUAGACUUACUGUCGCAGUACAACAUCAUACAUUAUGUGGCGAUUUCCUGCCUUGAGGCAAUAAAUGAGCCACAACCCGCCCUUAAACGUUUCCAAAGUUUCUCAAUAAGAGACGACACUGACGAGCGAACACGUGGAAUUCAUUUGUUUCUAUUAUUCUUUAUUAGGGUCAGACCAAUAUACCGAGCUGAUAUUAAGCUUUUAUUAAGAAUCGGAAAACUGCCACCACUGGUAAGAUGGAGGUUUUUCCUUCAUCAGUCACAUAAAACCAGGACAGUAGCACCUGCGAUACAAUUUUAUUAGUACAUUAUAAGUACAUUUUAUGUACUUUUAGAAUAUCUAGGGCUGGUCGCCCUGCUGUUAAAAGCUGCUAAUCCUUACUAGAAUUAGUUUGGAGUUUUAGUGUGCUGUUUUAGAGGAUUUUCCACCCUCAGACGAAUAUAAUUCAGCAGGAAAAAAUGUAGUUUUGGGGCACAAAUACAGCCAAAUAAAAACAAAAUUGAGUCCAUAAGUGUUUAAUAGUGACACAUUUUUUGUUGUUUUAACCCUUUAUUCCAGCACAUUGCGUUUGAAAAGUGCUGAAGGCUAUAAUUUGGCAUUUUAACCUCAGUCAAUGUUUGAUUUCAGGCUCCAUAUGAUAUAAUUCUAAUCCAACACAAUAAAAAAUGUGAAACUCAUAUAAAUACUUACAGACUGCGCUGUUAAUAUUAGAUAUUGGCACAAAAUAUGAGCUGCUGGCACAUUCAAUACACAAAUAUCAGUAUCAGCCUUCACAAAACUAUAUUGGUCAAACCCUGAUCUGUAUGGAAAAUGAAAAUGGUCCAGAUGCUGUCUUUUUUACCCACCAAAGUCUAAAUAUUAAGCACAACUGGCAUUUGGAGAAGUCGCAGCCAUCAUCCUCAACAUGGAGCAUCUUGAGGCUACGACCACCAUAAAGCAAUCAAAGUGGCUUUACAUCAGAAUUAAGCACAACAUUCAGAAACACUAAUAACAGUAAUAGCUAUAAUGCACAAUAAUAGCUAACAAUCUCCAUAAAGACACAGUAACCCACGUAUACAGAGUAGCCCAGUAGAUUAAAAAGAGGGCAGGUGAUGCCGCCCCUGUGUGCAGUGUUUUCAAGACUGUCAUGGUCACUAGAGACUAGAGAGGUUUCUUGUAUAAACUGUUCAGUCUGGAAUGUUUCAGUGGAAAUAUUGUUAUCUAAUGUGUGAUAUCAUUGUAACAAAUAUGCAGGUCAAAGGCUGAAUACACUUUUACCCACAAAAUCACACUGUUUCUUCUCUAAACACAGACGCAAAGAUGUGAUCUGAUGACAGAAUAACAGAGACAAAUCUGCAGCAAGAUAAACACCAGAAGGUUUCUGCCAGCUUGUUCAUGUGCACAAGAGAAGAUCAUGGCAGAUUUCUCGCUGGCAGAUGCCUUAGGAGACGACUCCCCGAGCCAGGCUAAAAAAAUAGGAAACUCCAACCCGACGGCCCCUGCAGGCAACCCUCCACCUGCUGUGAACCCCGGAUGGCCUGGUUCAGCCCCUGGAGCUCCCACCCAGCCCUCCGCUCCGGGUGAUUUUGCUGGGGGAUCAUCUGGCCCAGGGGCACCAGGGCAGUUCCCGUUCCCCUCCGGUCCUGGAGCACCAGGGCAAUAUCCAGGACCUCCUUCAGCACCUGGUGGGUUUCCUGCUGGCCCUGGGAUCCCUGGACAAUAUCCACCUGCACCAGGGGCUCCAGGGCAGUUCCCCUCCAGCCCAGGAGCUCCUGGGCAGUUCCCUGGGCAGUACCCAUCUGAAGGAGCUCCAGGACAGCUACCCGGAGGCCCUGUUUCUUACCCAACCGGACCAUUUCCUUCUGGCCCUGGAGCUCCACCUGGGCCUUAUCCAAAUGUGCCUUUCCCAGGUAGUCAGCCAGGGGGAGGCAAUGGCAUGUACGGACCAGGUGGUCCAGGUGGUUUCCCCCCUCCAGCUGGCCCUGGUUCCUUCCCUGCAUUCCCUUCUGGUGGCUUCCCCCCAAUACCCCCUGGAUCAUGGGGACCACCUGCAGGCGGAGGCUUCCCUCCAGCCCCUUGCCCCUUUGGUCCUGGUCCCGGGCAAGUGGGUCCAUACGGUGGGCCUACCGCUCCAGGCAUGCUGAUGGUGCCGUAUGAUCUCCCACUUCACGCUGGAAUUAUGCCGCGACUUUUAAUCACAAUAGUUGCGGAGCCUGUUCCUGGCGCAGACAGGUUCAACGUUGAUUUCAUCAGAGGUCAAGAUGUCGUCUUUCACUUCAACCCUCGAUUUCAUGAGCAAACUAUUGUUAGAAACUCCAACCUUGGAGGAUGUUGGGGGCCAGAGGAACGGGAGGGAGGCUUCCCAUUCGUUCAGGGCCAACGUUUUGAGCUGAAGAUCCUGGUGGAGGAGGACAGUUUCAAAGUGGCGGUGGACGGCACCCACCUGCUGGAGUACGAGCACAGAGUCGGCGGACUGGAGGAAGUAACCCUGCUGCGAGUGGUCGGAGACGUCGUCCUCUACAGCGCAGCCCCGAGCAUGAUCUGAAUCUCAAAGAGCUACUAAAGCACAUGCUGCACGGGAGACCUAGGUCCAAGUUUACCGCUGUAUUUGAAAUCCUUUCAAAUACUUUGAUGCGUUUGAUGGAAUUUGCAAUGCACAAUAGUCAGGAAAGUGCAGUCUUUGCCCACCUGGCACUUCUUUAUUUAUCACAGAACAGAUGGCACAUUAACCCAGGUCUGCACAAUAUAAUCCUCUUCUCUUUUUUUUUUUCCUGCUGGAUGAUGUCUCAUUUUAUAACCACUCACAAUCCAUUAUAUUUUAUGACAUAACACUAUCUACGUAGUGAAUGAGUUAAAAGACAUCUAAAACAAAUCUUUUAACAAAAAUACGAAUUUUUACUUAAUGAUAUGAUUGUUGAGCAAGUGGAAAAGUGCGAUGUGUCCCAAACAUUUCAUAUAUUUUCCACUUAGUAUGCUGUAUUUUGUUUACAGUACCUGUAUGUUUAUUAUAGUUCAAACAAAAGCCUUUAUAGUGCAUGAAAAUGUGAUGCUGAAAAUCAACUCGGUCUCCUUUCCAUCAUCUUAUUUUAGUUCUUGACAACACUUAAAGGAUUCACUAGCCUGUACGCUAAUGAUGAAUUUUCUUAAAAUGUAUUUAUAUAUAUAUCGACUUAGAGCUUCUCCUGUCUUCAGUAUUAAUCCUGCUGUGCUCUCAGACUGGAGGGUCGCACGGUGUUUUACUAAAUAUGAUUUCAUGUUGAAGUCAAAUCUAAUAGUAAAAAAAAAAGAGAGGCUCAAAUUAAAGUGAAAUGUUGGAAAGGGGGAGAGAUGGGGUCUCUGAUUUGUUGCCAAAGAUAACAGUAGUACAGUAUUUUCAGAUUAUGUGCUUAUAAAUAAAGAGGCAACAAACAACUAAUGACUGAUAAUGUUGGUUGUUUCAGAGUAUUGUACACUUCAUAUGAGCUACCUGCCUGAAUACAUAAUAAACAAGUUCCCCUGU